CUAGGGCGGCGCCCGAGUUAAAUCUGUAACAGGGAAUGGAAAACAAAAUGUCAACUACUCCUUGAGAAAACAUUGGGCAAAAUGAGCAUUUAAUUAGACUUUUAUGGCGUGGUAAUUAUGGAGGAGCUGGCAAAGGAAGUAUCUUCCUUAUCGGCUGAGGAAGGAGAAGAAACCUCCAAGCAGAAUGGUCAAAUAUGGUGUUUGAAGCGAAUUGGGAAAGACAGCGGCUGGCUACAACUCUUCGAAAAUACUGAGGUUACCAUCGGACGUGGACUGAAUGUCACCCAUCAGAUUCUGUCAGUGAGCUGUCCACUGAUGAUCUCCAGAAACCACUGCAUGUUUAAGCAGAGAGAACAUGGCCAGUGGACGGUGACUGACAAUGAGAGCCUAAAUGGAGUGUGGGUGAAUGGUACUCGGAUAUCCCCCAGGAAACCUCACGUUCUGCAGCAGGGAGACCUCGUGCGAUUCGGCGUCCCGUUGGAUGGCAACCCAGUUGAGUUUGAGUAUGUUCUUCUCCACUCCAGCCUUGACAAAAUCAAAGAUUUCUUGUCAAAGACAGCCGGAGCAGAAGUCAAAGCUUUGACCUCCAGACCAAAAAAGUCCAAGCGAAAAUUUGGCACAGAUGAGACGGAGCCGAACAUCUCGAAAGCGAAGCUCUAUCGCGUGUCCAACACGGACAAAUCUCACGGCCUUCCGUGUCCCCCGGCGACACUACCCGAUCAGGCUGGACCUAGUGAACCGUCUGGACGCUUCACUCAGUGUAGUGACAGCAGCCAGCAUCUGACUAGCUUAAAACGCUACAACGAGAACCUGAAAGCGUUGAAGGAGCGCAUGGGGGCCACGCAGAAGCGAGCGGCUGAGUUAGAGGGGCAGGAGGCCUCGAGUCUCGAGCAGCGCCAGGAAAUGGAGGCUCUGCAGGAGCAGAUGAAGCUGCUACGAGGCGAGUUAAACUCGCAGCAGGAACUGGCACGGCAGCGCAUGGAGAUCCUGGAGCGGACCGUGUGUGAGGAGGAGAGACGACUGGCGAUGGAGAGAAUCCAGCAGAAAGAAGAUGGCCUGAAGAAACAACUAGAGGAGGCUUUAAAAGAGCACCGCAAAGUAAUAGAAGAGCUCAAACACGAAAGGGAGGGAUUUCAAGAGGUUCUUCAGGCCAAAGACAAGGAGCUGAAAGUAACCAAGGAGGAGAAAGAGCGGGCGAGAGCUCAGAAGGAAGAGGUGGUCUCACAGAUGACGGAAGUGCUGGAGAAUGAACUGCAGUGCAUCAUUUGCUCUGAGCUCUUCAUCGAGGCGGUGACGCUGAGCUGCGCACACAGUUUCUGUCAGCACUGUAUCGCAGACUGGCGGAGACGCAGAGACGAGUGUCCCAUCUGCAGGCAGCCCAUUGUGUCUCAGGCUCGCUCUCUGGUGCUGGACAACUGCAUUGACCGCAUGGUGGAAAACCUGAGCACUGUGAUGAGGGAGAGGAGAACAGCGCUUAUCAGCCAGAGGAAAGGUGAGAGGUCUGCGUAAAGCACCUUCUGUCGGACUGGUAGUGAUCCAGGACGAUAGUGACACUGAUCCAUCGAUUCAACCAUCCAGCACAGCAAAGGCAACCUGGUGAAGCCCUCUGUGACUCAGUAAUAUCAAUGUGUAUGCUCACUAGUAUGAAUAUGAAAUGUACAGCUAUGAACUUUGUUUGUUUUCGGUUUGUAGAUAAUUGUCAUAUUUGUUUGUUUUUCUUUUUGUCUUACCAAUAAAGCAGCUUUAUUAGAUUA